GAGAGCCGGUGGCUCCGGGCUGCUGCGCCACGCGCGUAGAGGACCGGCCAGCGCCGCGGGGCCGGGGGCGCACGGAGAAGGCGACAGCGCGGCACGGAACGGCGGGCACUCGGGGCCGGCGGGCGGCACCAUGUCCCCGGGGAGCGGCGUGAAGAGCGAGUACAUGAAGCGCUACCAGAAGCCGCGCUGGGACGAGUACGGGCCGUGCUACCGCGCGCUGCUCCACUACCGCCUGGGCCGCCGGCUGCUGGAGCAGGCGCACGCGCCCUGGCUCUGGGACGACUGGGGCCCGGCCUGCGCCUCGGACGACUCGGCGUCGUCGGCGUCCUCGGGCGCCGGGGCCCCCGCGCCCCAGUGCGCCCCGGCCUCGCCGCCGCCGCCCGUGGAGCCAGCGGCGCGCGAGGAGCCGGAGCAGCGGGCGCGCGCGGCCCCGGAGGAGGAGCGGGGCGCGGAGGCCGCGGGGGACGCGGAGGCCAGGGACGCGGAGGACGCGGAGGACUCGGCGCUGCCAGCACUGCCAGUGAAAGACAUAAAAGAAAAACCUGAACGACAGAUCAGGACCAGAGAGCCUGACAAAUUACCCAGCAGUACCGAACCUCAACAACCACCAAGUGCCUUACCUGCCAGAGGAAGUAGGAGAGCGGUCAAGAGUCCUCAAAGGUCAUCAACUAAAAUUAAAGAACAUAAGCAUCCGUUUGCCCUUUAUGGGUGGGGAGAGAAACAGACGGAUACAGGAAGCCAAAAAACUCACAACGUCUGUGCUUCUGCCUCAGUGCAUGAGAUCCAUGAAUCGGCGCUGCGAGCCAAGAGCAGGAGGCAGGUGGAGAAGAGGCGGCUGGCGGCGCAGAGGCAGCGGGCGCACUCCGCCGACGUGGACAGAACCAGGCGCGUCAAGCCUGCCUCGUCCGAGAACCCGUGGAUGACAGAGUAUAUGAGAUGCUACUCCGCCAGGGCUUGAGCGCAGGGACAGCUGCUCAGACGACCUCUUUUAAAAGGUGUAAAUGAAAGAGAGGAAAAAACAAAACAAAAACCAUCAAAAGAAACUGGACACAGGUUUAAGAAACCAGCUGAUCAUGCAAGAUUUUUCUUAGGGAAUUUCCAAAAGAUUGUCUCUUUCGAUGAAUCCUGGUCACCUACCUCAGCAGUAGGGUGACAGCUGAAAGCCAUAGACAUUUGGUUAUUUAUGAGAAUUCCCUAAAUCUUUGAUAUUCUUAUAAGGGUUUUGUUUUCAAGCAUCUUAAUCUUCUAAGAUACUGACACCAAAUGCCUUUAAAUGGCUUACAGAUUCUUAACUUCAGUAUCUUCCCUCAGUUUAGGUGGAGCCUGUGUUGCUCUGUUCUGAACGACUUCGGAGAUUCCAUAGCUGGUAAGGUCACACCAGCUGUGGCAGAAGACUCAUUUUCCUUAUGUGUAGAUUUCUUUGUGAAAGAAUAUCACAUUAAAAGUGAGUUUCAACGCUAGUACUGAUUCCAUGUAUAGUGAAAGUAGAGCUUUGGUAGUUCCUAACAAUUAAACCUUCUUUUGCAUUUCAGUUCAGCACCACUUCGUGUGGGCUGUGAUAUUUAAGAAUUAUUGGGCUGGGUGAGGGUCAUCUUUUCUCUUUAAAUUGUCAUCUAGGCACUUAUUAAUAGUUUAAUAGUUCAAGUGCAUUCCAGUAAACAAAGUGCCAGUGCAGUGUGUUUAGAAGUAGUACUGGUUUCUUUUGAGUCAAAGACUGUCACUUUUGAUUGUGAGAUUUUUUAAGAACACAUAAUGGGGUACCGUUCACUUGCUGCAGUCUGGCCUUCUGACACACACCCACUGUGGACUUUGCCUCCUUUCUGAUAGUUUGGCAAUGACAUUUAUAAUUUAAUCGUCCUGCCCACUGGGGAUGGGGACGGAUUUUAAGAUACCCAUUAGAGAUGUGGACCACCCCUACUUUCUCCUCCAUAGAACUCACCAGUAACAAAGCCUUGAUGACGUACAUUGUUCAGAGUUUUGGUUGAAAUACAUUCCUCCUAGGUUGCUAGCCGGUAGGUCUUGUGUAGAACCUAACGCGAGAGGAUGCUGGUGUGUGCGUGGGCAGAGGUGUAUGUAAAUGAAGUGCUCCUUUUCUCUAGUACAUUUGCUUUUGUGGUAGAAAGUGAUUUUGAGAAACACUGCUUUCCAUCCAGGAGAGACAGGAAUCUGCAGGAAGGAUGAAUGGUAAACUCCUCAUAGGAGAGAAGGAAGUACUUUGCCAACUUAGCACGUGCAGGCGUGUGAAUGAAAAUCUGGUGUUUGUUGUGAGUUUGAGCAUUUCCUUGACAUUUUUACUCUGGGUCUUUGAAGUAUUAUGGUCAAUUUUUAGAAGACAAAUGUUUUAUUCCAUGUAAAAUCUUCACACAGUAUCAUCUUACACAACUGUAUUAAGUUUUGCAAACCCAUACUGAAGAAUCAUGAGCUUUUUAAAAAAAAAAAAAAACUUUAAAAAUAUUUGCAUUGUUUUUAGGUGAAUACAUCGUGAGCUCUCCUGGUCACUGCGAUGUAUAUUUAGUACGAAGAAGGUCUGUGUGUUGUCCAAAAGGACCUCUCUAGUGAUUCUGGUGAAUCUUGCUGUUAUUAUAGUCCUUAAACAUUGCAGGUACCUAAAGAUGAAAUUCCUGUGGCGUCGUGAUGGUGGAACCUGUUUCUUGAAAAUCACUUCCUGCAUGUUCGGUUUCAGCCACCGGCUCUGGCGUUCCAUUCCCGUUGCAGCUGACAAUCUUAGGAAGAGGCCGAGGGGAGUAGCUCGGGUGCACACGGAUGGACUGUCUUAGAAACCCGACCCUUCGAGGCUCUGAGCAAGCCACACUCUCUCCUUUAGAAAACAGACUCAUAUUCAAUGUGCUUACUUAUUACUGCAAACUCCAGAUGCAGAUCUGGAAGAACCUAGAGGGCAAUACUGGCCAAUUUUUCCCCAUUUUUAAGUAGAGGACAAAUGAACAAAAUUUUUAAAGUACUUUUAAUGUGCAUGAACAAUGAAUGAGUCAAUUUGAAGUACUUGUGAGUCCCCUUCCUAUGUCCAAGUCAUUAGUUGGUUAGGGUUUCUUUACUUUUCUUUCUCUUUAGGGGUAAAGAUUAUCUUUUAAGCCUACAAAAUUUUUUAAGUUGUAACAAUUUGAUGUCCUACUUUUUCCUUCUCAUUCUAGAAACUGAUGUUGUGAUCAUGUUCCCAUUUCUUUGGACAACUUAUAAGACGGCAAGGUAGUUUAAAAUUACCUAUCAUGUUGAAAAGUCUGAAACUGAGAAUCCAGUGAUAUUUAAAAUAUAGAAUAAAAUAGUUGCUACAUAGGACUCUCUUUUUAAAAUUUUGGUUUUAAGUUCUUAAUUAAAACAAUUUGCCAUAAACAUGUUUUCUGUGUUACUUUUAUUAAAAGCAAUAAUAGAAUAUUGAGUAGCACCUGAACACCUCCACUGGACCAAGGUGAGUGAGAACUAAAUAGGAAUCUGUCCGUUUUCUUUCUUUUAAAACCUAAAAGAUCACUCUCAUUUAGGAGGUGUCAAAAUGCUUGUACUCCCCUACUGUCAGAAAAUUUCCAAGCACAUAUAUACAUUUUUUCAAGUUUACUAUAAGUAAAAUAGGGCAUAGGUUAUCUGAAUUAACUUGUAAGGUAGUAAGCACACAUUUGUGGUGCUUCUUAUGAAAGAGCUUUGUCAUUGAUUCAUCAAAUGUAAAUUGCUAGUAACCUGAAAGGUGUGUAUACUGGGUCACAUAAACUCAACCAACUAAACUGCACAAAAGAAAAGGUGGCUUUUGAGUUCUAAGGCUGUGCUGGCCGUAAACUUUAUCAAUGGAAGGUUAGUAAUUGAUAAUCAAAGUGUUCAAACGUAUUAUUGGCAAAGAGGGAGAGAGGCCAAGCAUAUGUUAGAAGUAAAAACAACUUUCCUUGUUGACUGCUUCAGUAGAAAAUAGUUUAGUGGAUAGUUUUACAUUUCACUGGACUAGAUACAAAAUGGUGCUAAUAUUUACACAGUCUGAUUCUGUAGUUGGUUUGGGAUCAAACUGUCAAUGCCUGACUCAUAAGGUUCUUACUAUAGUCUUGUGAUCAGCUAAAUAAUAUUUAAAAAGUGAUCCUGAAAGUGUGACCUUGUAUUUGAAAUGGAUUUUGUACAGUAGGAUGAAUAGGGAGCUCUUCAAUGUAAGGUGUGUGCUUAAUACCAGAUUCUGUGCAAGGAGUGACGUCUAGGUCUUGGGCCCAGAUUUGCUCCCUUCCAGCCUGCUAGUGUGAGAGGGGGGAAAGCUGCUCGUCUAUUAUUUAUUUCCAUUUUGAAAGUCAGGACACCUGAGUGAAGACAGUAGAGGCCUCUUUUUGGAUUUCUUUUAUAAUUAGCAAAACUGUAUUUAAGAAUGGUCUCCCUGUGUUGUUAUUGUAUAUUUAUUUUGAGCACUGCGUUCACUUUAACAUUCUGAAGAACAAAGGCUGGGCACUUACCAUCACAAGGCUCAGGCAGUGGGAAUUUGGGGCUGUGUUUUCUAAGAACUAUGUAUUGCUUUUCGCUUGUAUUGAAUAUUGCAGUUACUUGGAAAAAUGUGAAUAAAAUUCAUUAAUGUUA